AUGGUGGGACAGGCAGGACAGGACAGACGGGGUGGGUCAGGCAGGGCGGGACAGGCAGGACAGACAGGGCGGCACAGGCAGGGUAGGACAGGCAUAGUGGGGCAGGCAGGACAGGACAGAAAUGGUGGGACAGGCAGGGUGAGACAGGCAUGGUGGGAUAGGCAUGGUGGGACAGGCAGGACAGGACAGACGGGGUGGGUCAGGCAGGGCGGGACAGACAGGACAGACUGGGCGGCACAGGCAGGGUGGGACAGGCAUAGUGGGGCAGGCAGGACAGGACAGAAAUGGUGGAACAGGCAGGAUGAGACAGGCAGGGUGAGAUUGGCAUGGUGGGACAGGCAGGGUGGGACAGGCAGGACAGACAGGGCGGCACAGGCAGGGUGGGACAGGCAUGGUGGGACAACCAGGACAGGACAGGCAGGGUGGGACAGGCAGGACAGAACAGGACAGGCAGGGCGGCACAGGCAGGGUGUGACAUAUUUAUAUAAUUGUUGA